UUCAACAUGGCGGCGCCCAUUAUUUCGGUAUCCGAAACAGAUAAACUUGUAGCAGAAAAACUGUGUUCUUUUGUCGUUGAAAAGGCUAACAAAGCAAUAGAACAACGUGGUAUAUUUACAGUUGGAUUUUCUGGUGGAAGUCUGGUAAAAUACCUAUGUGGCGGUCUACCUGGAAGAAGCACAGACUGGUCAAAGUGGCGGGUAUUCUUCUGUGAUGAGAGGCACGUCCAAUAUGACAGUGCCGAUUGUACCUACACACCCUACAAAGAAGGCCUAGUGGACAAGGUGAACAUGAACCCUGAUAACAUUUUCCCAAUUGAUCCUUCCCUGUCAGUUUCAGAAUGUGCGGAUGACUAUGCAAACAAAAUAAGGAAGGUUUUCCCGGGAGAUGGUCUGCCACAGUUUGAUAUGCUGCUCCUUGGAAUGGGUCCAGAUGGCCACACCUGCUCUCUCUUUCCUGGACACCCACUCCUGGAGGAGAAGGAGAAAAUAGUAGCGCCGAUAUCGGACAGCCCUAAGCCACCUCCAGCCAGGGUGACCAUGACCUUGCCUGUGGUUAACAACUGUCGUUGUGCUGUGUUUGCCUCCUGUGGUGAGGGCAAGGCUGAUAUGGUUCAGCGUGUGUUAGAGGGAGGUGAGAGCCCGCCCCUGCCAGCAGCCCGGGUGAGGCCCAUAGAUGGAGAGCUGCACUGGUUCCUGGAUGCUGGUGCUGCAAGCAAACUCAAACAUAAGAUGUGAUAUAUAUUCUACAUACCGAACUAUUGGAAAUGGGGAAACAACCCUGUCAGUUCAAUAAACAUGAUCUGGAGCCACCAAAAAGCUUGCUAGUGUUUCUUUACUUGCUUACACCCACUUGACAAGAUGUGGAAUUCAAAUACCAGAAAAGAUUUCAGUGGGCAAUUUCUAAUAUGAGUAAUAAUUAUCAAAUUAAAAAACAAGUGCUAAACUCUAUUCAUGUUUGUUUCAAAUUCUAAUCCAUCAUACUUUUUGUAAUUCAAUGCAUGAGUAUAUUAAGAAACAGCUUUUGUAUAUAAUUUUUCCAAUAUUGUACCUAUUUAAAGCUAUAUGCUUUUCUUAACAGGUCACCAGCUCUUUGUUAUGUUUAGAUAUGUUAUGUAUGUUUGUUAUUCUUGUUGGAAAAUAGCUCAUUGAGCUAAUGCUUCUUGUUAUCAUAUAUCCGACUUUAAAUAAAGAUUAAUAAUAUCUGUCAUGUGUUCCCGUUCUGGAUAGAAAAAUCCGAACCAAGGGCACCUUUGUUGCCAGGUAACGAGGCUUGCCGAGUUACCGGCUACACAGCGUGCCUGAGGGUCGGAUUUUUGUAUCCGGAAUGGAAACAAAUGACAGUUAUUUUUCUAGAAUAAAACUUUUAACCACAUAUUUUGUGAACAAAAUCCUAGAAAAGCGCAUUUUUGUACAUUUCACCAAAAAGUGCGUGUGAUGAUGUUUACUGACGUCAUGCUGAUUUUUAUUCACAGCAUACGUCAAGAAGUUCCUCCAGAAUCACGUCUUUUUAAGGGUUAUUCUGUUUUGUUUUGAAGGUAUGUUUUUGUAAAACUAAUGUUAAACUUUAAGGAACUCAUCUAUGGAAAUCACAAUUAUUAAUUAUAAAUAAGGUGUAUAAUAAAAGAAAUAAAAGUAUUACGUCACCGCGUGUGACUCAUCUGGCAUGGGGGGGUGCCAGAUGGAAUUUUCCAGCACGGCUGAAUUCACCGGAAUUGCCUAUGCGCUGUGCUAGAGUCUUGUAUUUCGGCAUAAAAGAAAUCUGGUAUUAAGGCAUCAACUCUAUAUGUAUACGUAUUAUAAGUAACGGGGCUAGUAGGUGACCCGAUAUGGUAUAUAUGGGGCAAAGGGAACCAUAUCGGGUGAGAGCAAAGCUAAAAAUUGAAUAUGGUUUCCUCUUCCCUGUAUAUACCAUAUCGGUUAUCAACUUUAAUACCCUAUUACAAAUAUAUCAUGUCAACAACCUGUUUGCAUUGGUCUUUUUAUGUCACAAGUAGUCACAAUUUUUGUACAAUAUAAAUAUUGGAGACCCAAUAUGGAAAACUAUGGGGUCACAGGUCGACCAGUUCGGGACUUAUGGUGUUGCAUCAUUCAUGUUUAAUUCAUGUCAUAUAUUAGUAUAUGAAUACAAUACAAUCAUUCCAAUAAACAUGGAAAAAUGUCAAUAUGACAUUGGCAUAUUGGUGCAAAAUAAUGCUGUGCUAUCCAUACUUUCUGUGAACUUAAUAGAUUUCAGAUCUUAUGGGAAAUUAAAACAUUUUGUUUUCAUAGUAAUUUCCCUCAUUGGUAGUAGUUUAGCUAAAUGUGGAAGUAAUGAAAAAAUGCCACCUUUGUUGUCAGUGUAUAUAUAUAUAUAUAUAUAUAUAUAUAUUGGAACAAUGUCUUAUCUCAUGCAAAAGUAUGUGCCCAUUUAUUAUAUUGAUUCAUUUUACUAAGCUAAUACAAAAGUUAGCCCAUCUAGAGGAAGUUAAGAUUUCAUUAUAUGUUUAAUGUUGUUAAACGUAAACUUAUCAAUGUUUUUGGUUGUUAAAUUCAAAUGUGUGUACUUGGCAUGUGCCAAUGUAGGACAGCUAGUUCUAUAGGCAAAGUCAACUUACCAACAUAGUUGCACUAUUCUGUAGCAGCUACGUAUUUGAUAGUUAUAUAUAAAAGAAAAUGUUUAAUUUUAUAUUUUACUGUUUCACCAUAAUACAACAUGCGCUGGGA